AUCGCAGCGCAUACACAAUGGCUGCUGGAAAGAGGGGAAAGCAAACAAUUUUUAGGCCCGCCGCGUCCAGCAAAAAAUAUGAGAAAACAAUUAUUAAAAAUCCGGGAAAUAGUUGAAUGUCAAGAAAAAUACCAUAGAGAGGAUGUUAACGCUCUCGCGGGCCCUGUGUCUGCUGUGUUGAAGAAUUGGGCUGUCACACUCUCUCUGUGCUGGGACAUAUCACUCGUGUCCACCACAUGGCUUGCUGUCACUAAGUUGCCAUGGCAACGGUAUCUCUAAACGACUGCCCCACCAUGGCAGAACACUGUCGAGUGAGGAAGAGGAGAGUAGAAGGGAAACUGAGGAAGAACUUCUCCUGUCAGUUGUGUGAGAAGGCCUUCAACAGCUUGGAGAAGCUGAAGGUACACUCGUACUCCCACACAGGGGAAAGGCCGUAUCACUGCACACACACUGACUGCACCAAGGCCUUCGUCUCCAAGUAUAAACUCUUACGGCACAUGGCCACACACUCGCCAGAAAAGACACACAAGUGCAGCUACUGCGAGAAGAUGUUCCACCGUAAAGAUCACCUGAAGAACCACCUCCACACACACAACCCCAACAAGGAGGCUUUCAGCUGCACAGAAUGCGGCAAGAGCUACAACACCAAACUAGGCUUUCGAAGGCACCAAGCCCUUCACGCCGCACACCGUGGAGACCUCACCUGCCAGGUGUGUCUGCAGUCAUAUCCAAGCACUCCCCUACUGCUGGAGCACCUCCGUGGGCAUGCAGGGAAAAGUGCUACCACAACUAAGGAAAAACGUCAUCAGUGUGAGCACUGCGAAAGGUGUUUUUACACCCGUAAGGAUGUGCGACGCCACUUGGUUGUGCAUACAGGACGCAAGGACUUCCUUUGCCAGUACUGCGCACAACGAUUCGGCCGUAAGGACCAUCUUACCCGCCAUGUUAAGAAAAGCCACGCUCAUGAGCUGCUGAGUAUUAAGGCAGAGCCUGUAGAUUUGAUAGAGUCACAAUCCUCGCCAGCAUCUGGGCCACUCUCUCUGAGGUAUCCAAUAGGUCAUGCUUCUUACUCGCCACCGCUGCCACUGAGGGCGGAACUUGAAAGUUAUCUCCUAGAGCUACAGGCUGAAGAUACACCCAAGCUGAGUGAUUCUGCAACGGUGACUGGAGAGAUGACAUCGUCCCUGGACUUCCUGUCUCCACUGUUUAAUUUUCUGCCUUACAACCAAGGGGCAGGGCCUACUUUGGGAGUGGCUUACAGCCAGGAGGAGGGGCUACUGACCACUCCCAUGCAAGACACACCAGAGCCUCUUAGCCUCCUUCACACAAUCACACAUUCACACACACUGUCACAAACCAAUGCACUCACAAGAAGUUAUACACAUCCACCAUCUCUGAAUACAACCACCACCCUGCCUCGCUUCCACCAAGCCUUCCAGUAACCCAAAUACAUUCACACACUUACAAUAUUUGUAGCACUUAUUAAAACACUCUUAUGUUUAUUAUCAACUUAGCCCUUAAUCAAAUUUAUACAAGCAUAGAGUCUCUCAAAUCUUGGCAAGGCAGCAGUCUGCUUCCUCAAGCCAGUACCACAUUUUUAAGGAAAGUCUUGAGGACAGUAUCACACUUUUGGU